UUGACAAUUGAAUUAAAAACAAACCAUAUUUCUUUGUAAUCAAUCUUUAAUUGUAAAAUAAUCGUAUAACAAUAUGGAUGAAAUUGAUGAUAAGUUUUACUACGUAUUUAGUUCAUCUUUGGACCACAAAGUGCAGAUAAAAAUCGGUACUCUUGAAGGCACACGACCUAAACCUGAGUAUGACCAACUACUGCAAGACCCCAUGCUCAAAUUUUCGGGACUCUACCAAGAUGGCUGCUCAGAUUUGUACGUAAAGUGCCAAAUCCUAAGUGACGGAGUGCCAGUCUCGCUGCCAGUCAUGACUUCUUACAAACCUUUCACCAAUAGAUGGAAUUGGAACGAAUGGGUGACCCUUCCGGUAUACUUCAGCGAUCUACCGCGCAAUGCCAUCCUCGCGAUGAGCAUUUACGACUGCGCGGGCCCGGCGCAAGUGUUGGUGGUGGGCGGGACCACCAUCUCUCUGUUCGGCAAACACGGCAUGUUGAGACAGGGCAUGUUCGACCUACGUGUGUGGCCCGGGAUGGAGGGCAGUGAGAAAACACCGGGGAAGGCGCCUGACAAAGGGGAGGAACAAAUGCAGAGAUUGGCUAAACUAGCUAAGAAACAUCGAAACGGACAUAUACCAAAGGUGGACUGGCUCGAUCGACUGACGUUCCGUGAAAUUGAAAUGAUUAACGAGAAAGAGAAGCGGAACUCCAACUACAUGUAUCUCAUGAUUGAGUUCCCGACGGUUCAUAUAAAUGAUAUCAAUCACGCGGUAGUGUACUAUGAGCACGAAGGGGACGAAACUUGCCAGCUCCGAGAGGCGGAUGUAGUCACAGUACCUGACUAUGAGAUACUGCAGGAGAACCUGGUGGAGUCCAAGCACCACCGGCUGGCGCGCUCGCUGCGCUCGGCGGAGCCCGGGCGCGACGUGAAGCCGUCCGCCGCCGAGCGCGACCGCCUGGGCGCCGUCAUGGCCGCGCCCGCCGCCUUCCUGCAGCUCAGCGCGGACGACCAGGACCUGCUGUGGAAGUACCGAUACUACCUGUCGACUGACCGACGAGGCCUCGCCAAGUUCCUGACUUGCAUCAACUGGAAUCGACCAGGCGAAGUAAAGCAGGCCGUGUCCAUGAUGUACCAGUGGGAGCCGAUGGCAGUGGAAGACGCCUUGGAACUCCUGACUCCGAAGUUCACACACCCAGCUGUGAGGAAGUACGCCAUGUCGAGAGUGUCGGAGGCUCCAGACGAGGAUCUGUUGCUCUAUCUUCUGCAACUGGUGCAGGCCUUGAAGUACGAGAACUUUGAGGAGAUACAUUAUGAAUGUGCAAAAAUCUGCGGCAAAGAUGUAACAAUGUACACAACGCAAGGGAAGUUACUGCAGACUGCGAUACAGAAGGGAAGUCAAGCUGCUGGCACUUCCGGUGUGUUGACCCCGAACGAGAUGACGUCGCUACCCGUGAGACGAGCCUCGGAUGCUGAGGAGGUAGAGGUAGUGGAGAGUACCGCUACGAAGAACGAUGAGUCGUAUAUUCUUCGUAACGGUAGCGAUAGUUUCUCGGAGCCGAGCCUGGCGCUGUUCCUGGUGAGGCGGGCGUGCGAGAACCCGGUGGUGGCCAACUACCUGUACUGGUACCUGCUGGUGGAGUGCGAGGACGAGGCGGGCGGCCGCGCCCCGGACCUCGGCACGCGCCACAUGUACCUGGCGGCCAUGCGCAUGCUGUCGCACCUGCUGGCCAGCGGCAAUGCUGUCCAACAACGAACCCGUUCUUUCCUUGCACGUCAACAAGUAUUCAUUGAUAAACUGGUAAAGUUAGUUAAAACGGUGGCAAGAGAAAGUGGAAACAGGAACAAAAAAGCGGAAAGGCUACAGCAGUUGCUAUCGGACCCCGAUGCAUUCAAGUUCAACUUUACCAACUUCGAACCGAUGCCAUUUCCACUUGAUCCGAGUGUUCAUAUCAAAGGUAUAGUAGCCAAGAAGGCAAGUCUUUUCAAAUCGGCCUUGAUGCCCUGCAAGUUAACGUUCCUGACGAGUGAAGGCUCAGAAUACGAGGCUAUAUUUAAGCAUGGCGAUGACUUGAGGCAGGAUCAGCUCAUCUUGCAAAUGAUCACACUUAUGGAUAAAGUUCUUAGAAGGGAUAACUUAGACCUAAAGCUAACACCCUACAGAGUCCUAGCCACGAGCUCGCGUCACGGUUUUCUACAAUUCAUAGAAUCAGUGACGGUUGCCGAGGCCCUUGCUACAGAAGGGACCAUACAGAACUUCCUUCGGAAAUAUAACCCUGGGGACGGGCCCUUCGGUAUCAAGCAGGAAACUAUGGACACUUACAUCCGCAGUUGUGCAGGCUACUGUAUCAUCACGUAUUUACUUGGGGUCGGGGACCGCCAUUUAGACAAUUUACUGCUGACCAAAUCUGGAGCCCUAUUCCAUAUAGAUUUCGGCUAUAUCCUGGGCAGGGACCCCAAGCCUCUGCCUCCCCCCAUGAAACUUAGCCGUGAGAUGGUGGAGGCCAUGGGGGGAGUGGCGGACCCGCUCUACCAGGAGUUCCGGACCCUCUGCUACACUACCUUCCAGAAUCUUCGACGACACGCGAACCUGAUUCUGAACCUAUUUUCUCUAAUGGUGGACGCGUCAGUGCCAGAUAUCGCGCUAGAGCCCGAAAAAGCCGUCCAGAAAGUGAUGAUGAACCUCAGACUGGACCUAGGCGAAGAGGAAGCUAUCCAACACGUCCAGAACCUUCUAGACGUAUCCGUUUCCGCCGUCAUGGCGGCUCUAGUCGAGCAACUGCAUAAAUUCGCGCAGUACUGGCGGAAAUAAAACACAAGGACAAACCAUAAUUAGGUAAAUAUAGACAUAGAAUACAUAAUUAUAAUAUUAAGUUUACCAUUGUUGAAAAAAAAAUUAUGCAAGUACAUAUUACCAAAUAAGUUUUUAAUACUGAAAUUGUUUUCAACUAGAUAUAAAUGUAAUAAUUGUUGAAUCACAA